GGUCUGCCCCGUAAUACAUUCCAAGUGUCCCAAACUGGUUCGUCCUAUCUGCGCGUACUGAUGACGAAAUAGAUGUCAAAUGUGGCUUUUCCCAAGCUAACAUGCUUCUGUGAGGACAGUAUACUAGAAACUUUUGUCUUGACAGUCAUGGCUUUGAAUCAGCUGAGCCUGCUGCGACCACUGCUCUGUCAGACCCUGGUGCGUCAGGUCCGAUCUCCCCUCGUCGCUCCCUCCAGAGUCAGAGCCACUCAUCUACCUCUGAACACUGGCACCCCCUGCCACCCACCUGCUGCAUGCUCCAGACUCUACGCCACAAAGAAGUCAAAAGCCAAGGCAAAGGGCCAGGCAGCUAAGGUGAAUAUUAAUGCAGCUCUGGUUGGAGACAUCAUCAGUCUGGAUGAGGUGGUGGAGGACAUGACGGCUGUUCUCAAUGCGCUCAAAGAGGACUUCACACGCAACCUCAGCAUCAGGACCUCGCCAGGAGCUCUGGAUCACAUUGUGGUGACGACUCAAGACGGGAAGUUUCCCCUCAACCAGCUGGGUCAGAUCUCCAUGAAAUCACCUCAGGCCAUUAUGGUCAACAUGAGCAGCUUCCCAGAGGCCACAGCUGCUGCCACCCGUGCACUGAGAGAGAGUAGUAUGAACCUUAACCCUGAGGUGGAUGGGACGAUCAUCAAGGUACCAGUUCCCAAAGUAACACGGGAACACCGAGAGAACCUUGCCAAGCUGGCAAAGCAGUUCAGCAACAAGGCUAAAGAGUCACUGAGGAAAGUGAGAUCAAACGCUGUCACACAGGCCAAGAAGGCAAAGGAAGGACACUCAGAGGACACAAUACGACUUGUAGAAAAGCAGAUUCAGCAGAUGUCCGACAACAUUGCUGUGGACAUCGACAAACAGCUGGCAGCUAAGAUCAAGGAGUUGUUAGGAUGACUGUGAGGAUGUAAAGAAAUGCACAGGUUUUAUUUUCACGACUUUACCAUUUGGAGGACAGAGAUGGACUUACCAGAAACAAUAUAUCAUUCUCACUGUGUCAAUAAUGGACAGCGUCAUGCAGAGGAUAGAGUCUCAGUCCUUGUUUUAGAACUGUGGGCAGAAACCAGGCAUCACUGAUGAAGAUCUUCCGUCUUCUGCUGGUUGAUAUCUGUUUUUAAACAUCAGUGCGCAAACUGAAAUUGGCACGGAAACAACACCAACAACAACAGACUGCCUGUCACCUCCCUCCGCCCUUGUUACUCUUCCUGUCUUCAAACAAACUGCGAACAAGCUACAAAUGGACUUUUAAUGGGAUUUGUGGGCCUCCUCCUAAUCAAACCUCUUGCCACAUGGGCUGUCUGUUUAUAUAAAACAAGCGCUCCCGUCUGUGUGUAAACUGGCUGCGGGUUUGUCUAGGUGGCAAGAGUGCAAAAGAAUAUGUUCCAGAGUCCCAGGAUGUCAUUAGGGUGUUGCCAAACAUUUGUUUCACAUUGAUGCAAAGUCUGUUUAAAAAAAAUGCACUUAAAGGAAAAGAGGUCUUUAAUUUCUGCUCCAUGUCUACGAUUGAAAAUAUGGCUUCUAUCGCGGGAAAGAAACAUUAUUGAUGGACUCCAUUAAAAGAAAAAUGCUUUGUA